UGGCCAUUACCACAAGGAGUGAUAAGACAACGGAGGAUCCAAAGAUGCCGGAAGAGGAGGAGAUCCCGGAAAAACAAAAAGAAGGUGAAAGUGAGGAGCAUAUGAUGCCACCAUCGAACAUGGCUAAUUAUGUUCCUCCCAUUCCAUAUCCUCAAAGGUUAAAGAAAAAGAAUGAUGGUGCUCAAUAUAGAAAAUUUCUUGAUAUUUUUACUAAAUUGAGCAUCAACAUUCCAUUUGCCGAAGCUAUAGCGGAAAUUCCAUCUUAUGCCAAAUUCUUGAAGGGCAUUCUCUCAAAUAAGAAAAAAUUGGCGGAAUUUGCUACCAUUGCCAUCACAGAGGAGUGUAGUGCUAUCCUACAAAACAAACUCCCUCAUAAAUUGAAGGACCCCGGAAGCUUCACGGUACCGUGUUCUAUCGGCAAAAUUGGAGAGGUAAGAUCCCUUUGUGAUCUUGGUACUAGUAUCAACCUCAUGCCCCAUUCUUUAUUUAAAAAGCUUGGUGUGGGGGGAAUGCAAUCUACUACAAUAGCUUUACAACUAGCGGAUAGAUCAAUCCGCUACCCUAUUGGAGUUAUGGAGGAUGUGCUUGUCAAAGUUGGAAAAUUCUAUUUCCCGGUAGAUUUUCUUGUUUUGGACAUGGAAGAGAUGGAGAUCCCCGUCAUCCUUGGGAGAUCAUUUUUGGCCACUUCCGCAGCCGUCAUUGAUGUACAAGCGGGGGGACGGUAAAGCUAAGAGUGGGAGGAGAUGAUGAAACAUUCCAUGUAUGGAAGACACAAUCCACUCCAACUCAAAACAUGAAGGACAACACAAACCGUUUCACACCUCCCAAGGCCAUAAACAUCAUGGACAUCAAGAAGGCACAAAUAUUUGGGCCCGAGGAUCCUCCAACACACUCCGAAGACGUACUCGAGAUCACACCAACGAACAACGAAGUUCUCCCGAAACUCUACCCGAUGAAAGGAGGCACAAUGAUCAAAUUCUACCGGAGAAAAGCAUCACAUCCACCACCUUAAAAGAGGUACAAAUGUUAUGAAGACAUCAUGGCCAGAAUAGGAAAGGAACAAUACUCAAUCAACCGAUAAAGUCAGAUGUUGCUGGUGGGAUUUCAGGAUGCAUACCUCUCAGUGGUUUAUCCAUAUCUGUUGAUUGGAUGAAUAAAAUCACGUCAUUCAAGUUUUUUUGGAUAGACGACUUCAUUAUCUACAACUUUGGUGAAGGAAUCAUGUCCAAAUUCGUAGCGGAACAUCUCCAAAAUCCCGGUACAAAAACCGACACUUUUUGAUCCAUUUCGGAGGAAGAGAAAUGUAGUAUAUUUUUGGGCGCAGCAACCGGCGCCGGUCGGUCUUGAACCGGCGCUGGUAGGAACGUUUUUUCUCGCACAAAUGAUCCUGUUUUCAACCGGGGCCGGUCAUCUGACCAACCGGCGCCGGUUGGGUCGAUUUUCAGCUAAAAAACAGCAUCGUGCAAGCUGAUUCUUGAUGGGAAAACCACAUCUUCCUCAAUGCUAAUCAAAUAUUGCUUCCAUACCUCAUUGUUGGGUUCGAAUAGACUAAAAGAUGUCAUUCUUUAGCCUAUAUAAAGCCCUCAAUUCAUCAUACAAACACAUUCCAUUCUAUAGAUUAAUUCUUAGCUUUUAUAUUUUUGUUCUUGGUAUUUUCUUCAAGUUCUUGAGGAGGGAAGUUCAUCUUCCGAAAUCAUUGGUGUUUAGCCCGAUCAUCCUACCAGAUCUUAGUUCAGAUCUGAAAUCUACCGUGGUUGGCCUAGUGGAGGCGUCGGAGUUCAAGCAGAUGAGGCACACUGGCGUUGGAUGAGGCGGCCAUAUCGUCGGAUGUGGCAGUGACAACGCCGAAGAUGGCGGCGGCCGGCGGUUGUUGGUGGCGGCUAGGGUGGAUGAGGUCAGAGAUUGGGAGGGUUGUGGCGCCUGUGGUGGCAGCGGCACUAACGCCGACGGUUCUGGUGGUGGUGGCAGCGGCGGUGGA